GGAAGGGGCCGGGCCAGGCCUGGCUGCGGCAGCUGGCGAGGAGCGGUGGCGCCAUGAGCCGCUUGCGGGAGGAGGACGAUCCGUACGUGGUGGAGGAGCCCAGCGACGAGGAGCGAGCGCUCAGCAGCUCAGAGGAUGAGGUGGAUGUGCUCCUACAUGGCACUCCUGACCAGAAGCGGAAGCUGAUAAGGGAGUGCCUGACUGGCGAGAGUGAGUCUUCCAGUGAUGAUGAGUUCCAAAAGGAGAUGGAAGCAGAACUGAACACCACCAUGAAGACUAUGGAAGGCAAAUGGAAAUCACCUGAAAUGGGUACUUCCUCAAGUACUGGGCUGAGUGGAUCUGCCAGCACUUCAAAAUACUAUGAUGACAUUUACUUUGAUUCUGAUUCAGAGGAUGAAGAUAAAAUAGAUACACAGGAUAGCCGGAAAAACAGAAAACAUCAGCAACGUCGGAUUCUCUCCAAUGAUGAGCUGCUGUAUGACCCAGAAGAAGACAACAGAGACCAAGAGUGGGUAGACUCACAGAGGAGAGGGUACCGUAACCAGAGAAGAGCAGUGCCACAGCAGUGGCAGGCAAAACCUGCAGCUGUUCCAAAUAGUGAUGCUGUUCUGAACUGCCCUGCUUGCAUGACAACAUUGUGCCUGGACUGCCAGAGACAUGAAUCUUACAAAACGCAGUACAGAGCAAUGUUUGUGAUGAACUGUGUUGUUAACAAAGAGGAAGUACUGAAAUACAGAAAGAAGGUAAAGAGAAGAAGUAAGAAAAUGAAGCACAGCAAAGAAAUUAUCUCUACACAAUCAAAUCAAGAAGAAGAGGAAAUAUAUCAUCCAGUAUUAUGUACUGAGUGCUCAACUGAAGUAGCAGUAAUGGAUAAAGAUGAAGUUUUUCACUUCUUCAAUGUUCUGGCCAGCCACUCCUAAUGUACAAAUGCAGGGGGGAAAAAUCCUGUGCUGUUUUUAAGAGCAUGGGAAGUGUUAGAAAUGCAGGCACACUCACCUUUUUAAAAAUGCGGUCUUAUAAAUGUACAUUUUCAUCUGAGAACUUUAUAAUGGUUGGACUUUUUGCAAAGUUUAUAGAAGGCAUACGGUUAACUGUGUGUAUAUGAAUGCAAUACUCUUCCCACCAUCAGGCGGUUGCAUCGUUGGGAAUUAAAUAUUUUGUAAAUACCAUGUAAGAUCUGUAUAUUACAAUCAUUCCCUGUAUAUAUACUAUCCAUUCCUUAUCUCAGUGUGUAUUCGAACAGCUUCUUGGAAUAAAUAUUUUAUAGUAACUGAUUUUGCAUAGCUGCAUUGCUUAUAUUUAUAGCAAAGGAUAAACAGCAUUCAGUCAGAUGUUUGAUGUCGUUAGUCUGUUGUUCUUGGUAGAUUUGCACAUGUGGUCUGUGUUUUACGGUUUUACCCCAGCUGGCAACUAGGCCACACAACUGCUUGCUCACUCCUACCACCCUCUUCCCCAGUGGGGAGGAAAAUUUGGACCUGCAAACCCAUGGCAAGAGGACCCCACACUAGAGCAAGUGUUCUGAUAGAACUUGAGGCCCCGUGGCAGACCCAUGUUGGGAGCAGGCUGGGCCUAAAGUACUGCACUCUGGAAAAAUGACCCACAUAGGAACAGUUUGGGAAGAACUGCGCUCGCCUGUGGAAUGGACUCGUGUUAGAGAAGCUAGUGGAGUACUGUCUCCUGUGGAAGGUGCUCUACACUGGAGCAGUGGCAGGAACAACGGGUGAUGAACAGACCCUAACCCCCAUUCCCUGUCUUCCUGAACUUCUGGUGAGGGAGGAAGUAGAGCUCAAGAAGGAGGGAGAGUUAGGGGAAAGUGUUUUUAAGAUUUAUUGUACUUCUCAUUAUCCUGCUCUGAUUUUGUUAGUAAUAAAUUCAAUCAAUACCUCCAA